CCUUUCCUUACCCCGUUUCGUAAAUCGAACAGUCCUUCCGGCUUGACCGCCAUCGCAGACAGGAGAUAUGGCUAUCCGCUAUCCCAUGGCUGUUGGCCUGAACAAAGGUCAUCCGGUCACCAAAAAUGUAACUGCUCCCAAACACAGCCGCCGGCGUGGGCGUCUGACCAAACACAGUAAGUUUGUGCGGGACAUGAUCCGUGAAGUGUGUGGUUUUGCUCCGUAUGAGAGGCGAGCCAUGGAGCUGCUGAAGGUGUCAAAGGACAAGAGAGCACUCAAGUUUAUCAAGAAGAGGAUUGGCACUCACAUUCGAGCCAAGAGAAAGAGAGAGGAGCUGAGCAAUGUACUGGCUGCCAUGAGGAAGGCCGCCGCCAAGAAGGACUAAUCCGUCACUUAAUAAAAGUUUGCUAUACUACAAAA